AUCACCCUUCCUCUCAAUUUCUCUUAAUCAACCAAACCUCCCUCACACCACCACAACCAACCCACCAACACAAAAAGAAAAAGAAAGCUAGAAUAUAAUGUACAUGUCCUCCACCCUCACCCGCGCCUCACUCAUCAACCUCCUCCUCACGACGACCGCCCGCAUCGCACCCGCAACCGCAACACUCACAACCACAACCACAACAACCACAAGCUCCUACUACACACCGCGCCACUUCCUCCACCAAGCAACCCUCCCUCUCCACCCUCACUGCUCAGCAAUCCACCUCUACAACAACACCAUUACCAAUAAUAAUAAAUACCAAAACCAGCAAAGCACUCACUACUCCACAAUGAGCACGUCCAACGAGCAACAAACCCAACAAACCCAACAAGAACAUGAACAAAGAGAUGAGGGAAAGAAGCCCAUCCUUGCUCUCCCGGACGCCGAAUCAGCCACGAAACUUGACGUUAGCGGGGACGGAUCAGCAGUUGCAUUGGAUCACUUGGGUCCUGUGGUGGUGAAUCAGGAUGGGACGUUGUCGCGCAUCUCGAAUUGGGAGGCUAUGACGGAGAUUGAGAAGAAGAAUACGUUGAGGGUGUUGGGGAAGAGGAAUAAGAUGCGGUUGGAGGCGUUGAAGAGGGAGAGGGGGGAGGGGAAUUAAUUCGGUGUUGUGUUUUAUUGUGUCGUUCGGGGUUGUAGUGGUGGAUGGUAGAUGAUAGAUGGUAGAAGGUGGAGAUUGAAGAUUGGGGGGUGUAUUUAUAUCACGUUGGAAAGGGUGGGAUAUACGUGUGUUUUGUAUGAUAUUUGAUCUGUUCGGGUUACGCUGUAGCGAUUUCAUUGUUUAUUUUCAGUGUUUAUUUGGUGUCAUCCGCUCAAGGAAACGAAAGAGAAAUGAACUUCUAUCCAAAUAGCCUCCCAGGUUUUUCUCUAUGCGUUGUCUCAUGAUGCUAGUCUAACCAAAGACCAUAUCGUUG